CGAGGAGUUGUACGCAGCCACUUCCGCUUAUUAUGUAAACAGUCAAGAUGGCGGCCUCCUGCGGGCUCCGCGCGCUCCUCGGUCAGAGUAUGAGCUGCUUCAGGUGUUCCGGUCCCCUGGGACGGAUCUCCGCAGUACACAGGUCCAUCGUUGAACCCGUCCGCCAUCACAGUGUCUCAGUGACGGGAAAACGCUCGGCAUGCUGGGUAAACCCGGGCCAUGAGUCCAGCAGGAGAACCUUCCAGAACCCAGCGGGUAGAGGAGCAGCGCUGUGGGCAGCAGUCGCUUUUUCUCUGUUCGGAUCCGAAGAAGAUCAGAGAGACGAAGCCCAGAGGAAGGAGGACGAGAUGGUCCUGCUGCUGAAGAAGGCCAAGCUCAGCAUGCAUCGAGGUCAGCUGCAGGCCGCUUCUGGGUUCCUUCAUCAGGCCGUCGUUCUGGCUCAUCAGAACCACAACAACCAGGCCAUCAUCUACACCUACAGCCUGAUGGCAAACUUGGCGUACGUUCAGGGUCAGCUGGACAGUGCAGAGAAGCUCUUCAAAGCAGCGAUGAGCUUCAUGCUGGCUGGAGGAACUCCUGAGGACGACAACGCCGUCAUCGAGAUGUCUCUGAAACUGGCCACCAUCUACGCCGAGCAGAACAGGGCGGAGCUGGCAGAACACGGCUUCAGGUUCUGUACGGAGUCUCUGGAGGCCAAACUGGAGAAACACAAAGAGCUGCAGGAGGACGAGCAGACAGGUGAGAACAGGUGUGACACCCUGAGGCGGGCUGGAAGCUCUUCACAGACGGUUUGUUUGUCCUCAGAGGAGCAGGAGGUUCUGAGGAAGGAGACCCGCCUCCUGCUGGGUCUGUGUUUGGACUCCAGGGCUCGGUACCGGGCGGCAACUCUGCACCUGAAGCAGGCAGGACAGGACUACCUGGACGCCCUGAACAUCUGCCGCCAGGAGCAGGGAGACACACACCCACAGACUCUGGUGCUGAUGAGCGACCUGGCCACCAUCUUGGACCUGCAAGGUCGCCAUGACGACGCCCUGGUUCUAGUCCAGCAGGCGGUGGACCUGAGCCGCUCCACCGGACACCCGGACCUACACGUGCUGCUGGGGAACCUGGCCGGCAUCCUGCUGCACACAGGACGGAUGGACGACUCGGUCCGGUUCUACCAGGAGGCUCUAAAUCUGGCCCGGCAGGCUGGAGACCAGGAGGCCGUGGAGCGGAUCCAGGAGGGGCUGAAGGAGGUGAAGAAGAGGAGGAACCAGGAGAGGACGGAGGACAGGAAGGAGGCUGCACCGUGACCCAGGAGGACCAGAAUCCAGGGACAGGAAGCCUGAAGACCAGAACUGGGAGCAGGUCCGGUCGGCAGUGUCGUCUUCCCAUCUGCAGAGUCCACAUGCACUGUUGACAUUCAUCAGGACCCUCAUUUAGACCCAGUCUGUGUCCGUUUCUGUGUUUUGGUGUCUUUGUCCUUCAGAUGUCCACCAGGAGAACUCAGACCAGGAGACCCGACCCAGACUACCUGAGUCCAGAACCAUCCCGUUAGUUUCAGAGGUUCUGUUAAAUCCAGCUCAUAUGAUGCGUGUUUGGAGAUAAGAUGUUCUGAUGUUCUGCUGCAGGUUCCCACGCUGGGGAACUUCCUGUUGUGUUGACUGAAGCCUUCACAAUAAAAGCUGAGUGAUGACAGUAAA